AUGCCUCAUAAAGGCAUUUCGGAAGUAGAAGUCUUCGAUGUUUGGGGAAUUGAUUUUAUGGGACCAUUCCCAUCUUCUUUUGGUAACAAGUACAUCCUCAUUGCGGUCGAUUACGUAUCAAAAUGGAUCAAGGUUAUAGCCUCUCCAAUAAAUGACACACGAGUGGUAAUUAGACUCUUUAAGCGCAUAAUCUUCCCUAGAUUCGGCGUGCCGAGACUUGUCAUCAGUGAUGGUGGCUCCCACUUCAUUUCAAAGAUUUUUGAAAACCUAUUACUGAAAUAUGGAGUUCGGCACCGUGUACUAACACCCUAUCACCCACAAACGAGCGAAAAAAGAAUAUUAGAUAUCCAUGAACUAGAAGAACUUAGACUAGAUGCGUACAAGAAUUCCCAGAUGUAUAAUGAAAGAACUAAGAAAUGGCAUGACAAUCGCAUAUCGAGGAAAGAGUUUAAGGAAGGUGCACCACCUUCUCCUUCUGAGAUCCCCAAAAUCUACGACCAUUAUGAUACUUUUCUCUCUGACGCUAAAUCACAUGUCCCAGCUAUACCUGAUACGCCUCCUACCGAUCAUGUUGCUGCCAUCGAAGUUGUCCUGACAGACAUCGCCAACCUGAGAGGCGAGUUGAGCAUUUUGCGCGUAGAAUUCCACGACUUUAUGGAUGUAGUGACUGAGAACCUGGAUCACAUCUACCAGAACUUCUACUCGUGCGCUCCUCCUACCAACAGUCGCCGUAAUGUCUAA